ACUCAACGACAGGAGACUUCUUUUCGUUUUACGCCACCAUGAGACGCUUGCGUUAAUUCCUGUUUGUUCAUAAAAAAACUAUCAUGGCGGCUUGUCUGCUGUGCCGUUGCGUUGGAUUACUGUAAGAACCCUUACACCCAGAAGAGUUGGUCACCAUCUUGAAAUUGAAACUACAUCAAGUUGAAGACUCAGCGCGCUAUCAGCAAACAAUUUAGCCACAUUCACCAUAACAUAUUUAAAGCUCCCAUCCAUCUACGAUUCUUGAAACAUCAGCUCAUUGUCUAGUGUUCUUUUCCCUCUCACACAAGAAAAACAAAAAAUAUCUCUGUCUCAAGCCAAAAGAAAACUUUCCUUAGAUAUUGUGUUCAGAUCUAUUGGCCUUUUGAAUUUCACCUUCUUUGAAACUAUUGUCAUUCAUAUCUUUGUCCCGAAUUGGAGUGCCAGUGUAAGUGAGUGUGAUCGUGUGGUUGUUUGAAGAGGGUGAGGAAGUAAUUGCUGGUAGGAAGUAUACUGCCCUUAACGGCAACCAAAUCAAGGAAAAGGCUCAGGUGUUGAUCCCCCAUCCUCAUUGUCUUUGUUAUACCCCCUCUUUAGUUUACUGGUUUUGUUUGCUAUUCUCAGCCAUUGGUUGCAGUGACACUUCGAGUUCCAGCUAAAGUCUUCUAUAAAAGCUUUCACCUUCUUAGUGUUACAAGAAAAAAAAAAAAAAGUGUUACAACCAGCUGUAAUAAAAAAAAAUCUCUUGAGCUAAGAAAUUUACAAGCAAUUUACCAUCGUUGCCUUAUCUGUGAUAUUGUUGUCGUACAUUAAAAAAAAAGACAAGUUAAAAGUAAUCUACUCAAAAAAAAAAAAAAAAAGUAUAGUGUACUGAAUAUUUGAAUUCCCCUCCUAUUUUUGUGAGUGCUCAGUGUCAAUCCUUCUAUCCAGAAAUCAUCCAUCUAGUUGUGUUCCUGAUCUUUCCUUCGACGACCUUCCAUACUAAAAGUUGGAAGAAAAAUGUCGACGAAUCCACAAUGGAACUCAUCUCUCUACUCUCCUAAAUCCCCAGCCCCAUCUUCGCUCCUCGGAUUCGGCUACAACGGUGGCAGCAAUAGUGGCAGUAACUUGCUGUCAUCUUCGGGGCCGGUCGUCAACGGGUUUAACAACUUUCCAUCGUUCGGGCGUUCAAAUUCCGGCAGCGGAUCAUUUUUCCCAUCGCAAGCCAACCCUGCGAGUACCCAGUUUUCGGUCAAUAACAGCCAAACGGGCUCGUUGUCACCUACGCUUGGAUCAUCUUCUAUCGGGCAUUUCCCUAUUGGCACGUUCAAUGCCAAUUCAGCUUUUAGCGAAGAAUCCAUCAAGAGCCCGGCCGCUGUGCACGUCGGUAAUGGAAAUGUCCAUCGUGAGGGAGGAUCCAAUUCUCCUAACAAUCUCGGCAGUAGAGAGACGGGAAUAAUCGAAAAACUACUGCAUUCCUACGGAUUCAUUCAAUGCUGCGAACGCCAAGCGCGUCUCUUCUUUCAUUUUAGUCAAUUUGACGGCAAUAUUGAACACUUGAAGAUUGGAGACCCUGUUGAAUUUGAAGUGACGUACGACCGCCGAAACGGAAAGCCGAUUGCUAGCUCAGUUUCCAAAAUCGCGCCUGAAGUGGUUCUGAGUGAAGAGCGUGUAACUGGAACUGUGACAACUGAAUUGGGAACUGGUCAACAAGGACGCAUAAGCUAUGAGAACCGUGGCGAAUGUUUCUUCUUGCCAUAUGGAAAGGAUGAUGUGGAAGGAAACGUGACUCUCUCCGUGGGCGAUAAAGUCAGCUUCCAAAUUGCCACUAGUCACAGCGGUAACCUGGGAGCUCGUUAUAUCCGUUUGGAGAAUCCUGCUCACCCAGUUCGUUACCAAGGGGUUGUGUGUUCCCUUAAAGAGAGCUUUGGUUUUAUCGAGCGCGGCGAUGUCGUCCGUGAAAUUUUCUUCCAUUUCUCCGAAGCCAAGGGCAUCGCUGAUUCGUUGCAACUCGGUGAUGACGUUGAAUUUACGAUUCAAACGCGAAAUGUAUGUGUACUUUUUGGGAAAACGCCACUCUCGCCACUAAUUCAAUUUUUCGUUCGUUUUUUUUCUUUUUUUUUUUUUUCUGGACUUCAGGGAAAAGAAGUUGCUUGUAGUAUAAUUAAGUUGCCUUCCGGAACUGUUGUCUUUGAAGACGUCAAUCCCGAAACUCUAAAAGGGCAAGUGUUGAAGCCUUUGGAGCGCGGAGCAAAUGUUGCUACUCUGAACACGGAACCACUUUCUGGUAGACUGCGCUACCGGGGGCGUGAUCGAUCAGAAAUUGAAAUUCCGUUUGGUGAUAAGGAUCAGAAAGGCGAAUAUACCCUUAGGCAUGGAGAUUGGGUCCAGUUCAACAUAGCCGUUGACCGUCGGGAUAAAUUGGAACGUGCUACUAAUAUUGAAUUGCAGGACGAGUCAUUUGUUGUUUCAGGUGAAAAACGUGAAACAGGCGUAGUAGCCGCUGUGAAAGAAGGUUAUGGUUUCAUCAAAUGUGCCGAAAGAGAUGCCCGUGUCUUCUUCCACUUCUCUGAAGUCAUUUCGCAAGACGAGGAGGUGGAUCAAAAUUCGGAAGUUGAAUUUACCAUGUCGCAGGAUCAAACUCAGCCUAAUAAGCAAAGCGCAGUUCGGAUUAAGAUCUUACCUCCGGGUAGUGUACAAUUCGAAGUAAUUACUCAACGGAACAUCGUCGGAACGGUCACUAGAGAACCGUCAAGCAGUUGGGCACAGCGUAGCCCUAGCCGAGUGAAUGGAGAGAAAUCGGCAGAUGAUAUGGGCUUGGUAUCCUACCAGUUAAACGGAAUUAUGGAGCAUGUGCCCUUCCAGAUGAGAGAGUGUGACGUCCGGAAUAGCCCGCGCCUGGGCGACGAGGUUGAGUUUGAUUUGGCCCAAGUGAAGCGCACGAAGGAGCAUAUUGGUUUGAACAUUCGCAUUGUACAGCGUGCCCAAGUGAACAAGUCUGGCGGCAAAUUUUCCGAGAACUGCGAAAACAAUAAAAACGAAAACCAACACUCAAAUGGGGAGGGUAACAAAGUCCACAAAGGAUUCAUUGCUUCUCUGAAAGAUACCUUCGGUUUCAUCGAAAACGUUACCCACGACAAGGAAAUCUUCUUUCAUUAUAGUCAUUUUGAUGGAGACGCCGAUUCGUUGGACCUCGGGCAUGAAGUACAGUACACUUUAACUGGCAAAACUCCCUCGUCUGGGAAAAUAUCAGCUGAAAACGUCAAGUUGUUGAAGAAGGGAACCAUUGCCCGGCAUGCGGUUGACGAAGAAAUUAAGGACGGUAUUAUCGUUCGCCCAUUGAGGAACGUUAAUCCCGAUCAAGCUCAAUAUGCCGGCCUGGUGAAAUUGGGCUCUGACACAGAUGCAGAAGAAGUGUCCUACGAAUUUGGCAUCACUAGCUUGGCCAACAAGAAAGACUUUCUUCAACGUGGCGAUCAAGUUCAGUUUCAAAUCGAACGAACAGAAGAAGGCAAGGAAAGAGCUACGCGGAUACGGGUGGUCCGUAAAAAGCUUCGUUCCACAGUGGAUGCCAUUAAAGGCCAAUUUGGAUUCCUUAAUUACGAAAUGGAAGAUGGCAAGAAGCUUUUCUUUCAUCUUUCCGAAGUUAAAGAUAAUGCAACUCUUCUACCCAAUGAUACCGUCGAAUUCGUCCUAAUUACCAACCAGCGUACAGGAAAAUCAUCAGCCUGCAACAUUGUGAAAAUGGAAACCCAACGUCCGGACUGGCUGGCUGCACGACUUCGUACCAUGUCGAUCGACGAAAACGGACCUCGCUUCUACGUCCUGAGACAACCCAAAGGUCCUGACGGUACUCGAGGAUUUAAAAUUGCUCCUCGUUCGUCUGUGUCCAGCAACGGAGUAUCAGCUUCGAAAGUGAAUGGUGACUCCGAAGCACUAGGCAAUGCCUGAACGACAUCGAAUCGGAUAAGCUCCAUUUUUCGUAUCUUUUCAAUUCUUCAUCACUCACAUAUAUCUUCGUCGCUGAACAAAUAACGAAAGAAAAAAACAUGCACUAAGAGAGGAGUCAUAAUUAAGUUUUUUCCACUUACCCUCCGCUUUUCUUUCGUUUGAGGUGAAGAAAGAAAAAGAAAACGUACAAUUCACAAAAAAAUAUCAACAUUUCUUCUCUAACAAAAAAAAUCAACAAAAAAAAUUAUACUUUAACGUGUUCGCAUCGAGGAACCGACUGUGAUGGGUGGGACUUCAAAAGCGUGUUUUACAAAUUGAAAUAAGCAAAAAAAAUCUAGUAGUGUGCGAACUUGGGUGUCAUAAUUUUUUUUUCCUUUUUUUUUUUUUUUUAGUUUGCGAACCAAAGUAUCAUUUUGCCAUAUAUGAGUGUGGGUUUCUCGAGAAAGUCAAAUUUCAAGUGCUAAGAAUAAGUAGGCGAGAUGUAUUGAAUUAUGCGGACGAAAUCGAGUGAAAGUUCUUUUUCCUAUCUCUGGAACAAAAAGAGGCCUGGUCGCAAUCGAGAAAAAUGUUUGGCGUCUAGUCGAGAUGGGCUGACGAAAAUAAUGGGGGAUUAUUAUUAUUAUUAUUUUUUUUUUUCAGUAACUGGGUAAGAUUGAGGCGAAGGGUUUUUUACCACCAGCUUUUCAGUUAAUGUAAAAUUCGAUGCGUCCCUUUCAGGAUAUUACGGAGCAUUGUUCUACACUGCUCUUCUUAACUUCUCUAUUGGCCGGGUGACUUGCGAGAGGUUAGCCUUCGACUAACGAAAUUAUGAAAGAGUAAAACAAAGACAAGAAAAACUUUCAUUUCUCAUUUCCUUUGAAAUUAGGUCCAACUUCUUGCGAUGAAAUUCCGUUGUUCCUCUCCGUACCACAGAGUCGGUCGUUCAAUAAAGUCCAACCCAAGUUUAUGCAAAUUAAAUAAUUACACCUUGGCAAUUUUUCUUAUUUGAUUUCUUUCUCUCAUUGAGAAAGAAAUGAAAACUUUGUUUGUGAGGUUCGUUGUGGCCUCUAUUUGCUCCCUCCUUAAAAAUUUUUUUCCACCAGAUUUGUGUGUGAUCCUCAUCUUCUGCUGUUGCUCCUUCUGCUUAAAUUUUCUUCCCCCGAAAGUCGUUCUUCACCUGUUUGUCAAUGCAAAAAAUUGGAAAGAGAAAAAAAAAAGCCCACUCUUCCAGGAAUUGCUCGUUCGUCAACCAAAAUCACAUUAUGAGCAGAAUGAUAGUUUAGUAGUUUUUGUUCGAUUUCUGACUUUCGUUCUUCCGUUCUUUUUCUCGUCAACAAUUUGUCCUGGCGUGUACUCUCGCGCUGCAAUUCUGUCCCGAGUUUUUCUGCAUUAGCUUUCGUUUUAUAGCCAGUUUGGUUCUAGUUCGAUCACUUAAAAAAAAAAUUAACACGUCUUAAACAAGAAUCGUGCUAAAUUUAUGCGAAAGAAACCAUCGAAAUGAUUGAUCAAGGAAGUUUUGAGAUAUAUUGAAAGAGAGUCGAUUCCAUGUCAACAACCUGCUCGAGUUUAUUAAUGUAGCGCAACAUAUGGCCAAUACAAGUGAAAUCAUUUCA